AUGCAGGCCAAGCUUGUCCUGUCCCUCCUAACGCUCGUCCAUGUCGCAGCCGCUGGCGUUGCCUCGACGAUCAACGAGCUGCGCCAAAAGGUCCGGACUAGCUCUGGCUCCCAGCAUCAUGCACGAGAUGUCGACCCCUCGCAAUUGUAUCCUGCCCACACCAUUUCCGUGCCAAUCGAUCAUUUUCACAAUGAGUCCAAAUAUGAACCACACACCAAUGACACCUUCGAGUUGCGCUACUGGUUCGAUGCCAGCCAUUACAAGAAGGGCGGUCCUGUGAUUGUUCUCGAGGGCGGAGAGACCGAUGGAACCGAGCGUUUACCCUAUCUUCAGAAAGGGAUUCUUGCGCAGCUGGCGCAGGCAACUAAUGGGAUUGGCGUCGUUCUGGAACAUCGUUACUAUGGCAAAAGUUUUCCCACCCCUGAUCUCUCGACGGAAAACUUGCGUUUCUUGACCACGCAACAGGCUCUCGCGGAUGCGGCCUAUUUUGCUCAGCACGUCGUCUUUGAGGGCUUGGAGGACCAGAACCUGACCGCGCCCAAUGUCCCGUACAUCGCCUAUGGAGGCUCGUACGCAGGAGCCUUUGUCGCGUUUCUUAGGGUCGUGUAUCCGGACAUCUUCUUUGGAGCCAUCUCUUCUUCUGGCGUCACAAAGGCCAUUUACGAUUACUGGGAAUACUUUGAGCCCAUCAGGGAGUUCGGCCCGCCUGACUGCAUUAGCACGACCCAGAAGUUUACCCACAUUCUCGACAACCUCUUGCAAUCGUCGCGCAAUGAUUCCAGUUUAAUCACUCAGUAUAAAUCGCUAUUUGGGCUGCAAAAUCUCACAUAUAACGAUGAUUUCGCGAACGUGCUCUCUACCCCACUUGGUUCGUGGCAGAACAGAAACUGGGAUCCGGCAGUGAACGACCCGACGUUUUUCGAAUACUGUGGCAAUAUCACGUCCAACUCCACGCUUUACAAUACCACCGUCAGCAAAGCAUCCCAGGCCAAGAAACUCAUUACCGCGGGCGGAUAUGGACAACAGGCCUCACAGCUCACGAACCGGCUGCUCAAUUUUAUUGGAUGGCUCAAUCAAACCUCUAUUUGGCCUUGUCUCAGCGGCGGCCAGACUGCAGACCAGUGUUUCACGACACACAACGCAACCUUCUACGAGCAGGAUGAUAUCAGCCAACAGUGGAGAAGCUGGCCAUACCAAUAUUGUACCGAAUAUGGUUACCUGCAAACUGGCAGUGGCGUGCCGCGCAAUCAGCUCCCAUUGAUCUCACGCUCUAUCGAUCUCGAGUACUUGAGUAUCAUCUGUCGCGAUGCCUUCAACAUCACCACCCCUCCUGAUGUUGAGAUUGUGAACCAGUAUGGUGGCUUCGACAUUACUUAUUCUCGACUCGCCAUUAUCGGUGGCCAGGCGGACCCUUGGAGGCCAGCGACGCCCCUGGCAGAUCAAGCCAAACCCCGACCAAACACAAUUGACCGCCCAUUUAUUGAGAUGGAGGGUGCUGUUCAUCAUUGGGAUGAGAACGGACUCUUUCCGAACGAGACGACCCCCAGCCUCCCUCCAAAGCCAGUGGCAGAUACCCAAAAAGCAGAAGCUGCCUUUGUAAAGGCAUGGCUUCAAGAAUGGAAGUAG